AAUGUGGAUGUGACUGCGGAAGGCAUUUUAUUAUAAACCUGGAAAACCCGAGAACGCGCCUCAGCCAAUCACAGCGUCCAGGACAAAACAGCGCACUAUUUCUUCUUCUUCUUCUUCUUCUUCUUCUCGUGUCAAAUUCUCGACGCCACAUUUUUUGCCAAACAAUAACGAUGAAAGUGUGGAAAAGCGCGCAUGGCCGCCUGCAGACCGACUGACUGACUGACUGACUGGGGGAAGCGGCCCGGUGAAUGGAGGUCACCGCAGACACUGAAUGAGUCUCGGCGGUGAGACGGAGAGGGGGAGCGAGGGAGGACAGGACAGCGGCGAGCCGCCUUCAAACAUGGCGACUCCGGAGGAAAAUGAGUAAAAAAUAUUAAAGCGCCGCGGCCUGCUUUUACUUCGAGCUCGUUUCUGGGGCUUUUACGUAUUUAUCGUCGUGUUCGGCCUCGGUGCUGGUGAAGCUCGCUGUUACUCGGGUGGCCAUUAAAGAAGAGGCAGAGACACAGGGAGCGGGCGUUUGGGGGGGAAAAGAAAAGCAGCCCUGUUUUAUUUUGAUGCGUCGUUACUGACAGCUAGCAUCUGCUGCUAGCUCCACGGCUCCGGAGGUAGACGGGGGGUGGGAACCAUUUGUAAAGCACGGAGGGGGGAAAGAGAAAAGAUUUGUGUUUGCGGAGGGGGUGAGAUUUGGGGAUUUCUUCGCUUCGUCUACGGGGAUCGGUCGCGACCAACGUGGCCCGUCGAUCGCGAUCCUUUAUGGUGUUAGCAGCGUAGCAGCAAAACUAGCCUAAAGAAAGGGGAGGAGAGACGGCGGAGAGAGAGAGGGAGAGAGAGAAAAAAAGGGACGCAUUCAAAUCAAAUGUUUAUCAGCAAUUCGUCCAUCACCGGCCAAAUCCGCCGCAUCUCCAUCAUGACCGCGACCGAUUCUGGACUGAAGCUCCAUUCGGGGAAAUGAUAAACGCAGGAAAAGGAGAAAGACUGUCUUUUUUUGGAGGUGGUUGGAUUAUAACCCCGUAGACCCCCCUCUUUUUUUUCAUCCAGCUUUCUCCUCCUCCCCUCCAUUUCUCUUUCAAUAUGCUGUUUUCCACUCCUGAGGACUUGCUUAUGAAACCGGGGAAAAUAGCCUGAAACCGAGAAAGGGAAACACAGGGAUUCCUAUUCCCCCCUUUCUCUCUCUUUCUCCGAGAUCUGCUUGUCGCGACGGUCUCGUAGCUUUUUCGUCCUCAUCGCACACGUUUUUUUUUUUUUUUUUUCCAACACAUAAAUGGAUAGAAAUUACCCGGGAACAGGAUUUGGUGAUCUGGGCGCAGGAGCAGGAUGGAGUUACGAGAGAUCGGCAAAAGCAAGUCUUGUAUAUGGGAGUUCCAGAUCAUCCCACCCUGAGUCUGAGCUCCUCCACAGACAAGCCUACGCCACCCCACACCCUCUGCAGGGCUAUGCCACCAAUCACCACCCAGGGAGCUCUGGCCAAGGCGGGGCUUGGGGAGCAGCUGGACGUAGUUUGGGUCUUUCAGGGCUCUUUGACACUGGCCUGCACCAUGCCAGCCCCUCUGCCCCAGAUGCAUCUGUCAUGAAUCUGAUCUCGGCCCUGGAGUCCCGGGGUCCUCAGCCUCCACCCUCUGCCUCCUCCCUUCUUUCCCAGUUCCGCACACCAUCCUGGCAGACAGCGAUGCACACGCCUGCUCCUCCUGAACUAUUCAUCUCUGGAGCCCUUCCUGGCUCUGGAUCCUUCCCCUCCUCCUCUGCUCUCUCAGCCUAUCAGCAUCCAGCAUCCUUCUCCAGCCGUUCUUUCCCCACUGCCUCCCUUUCCCUCCAGGACACGCCCACAUUUAGUCCCACAUCCAAUGGCCUGCUCUCCCCACAUGACCCCCUACUACACAUAAAGGCUCCUUCCCAGUCUAGCCUGGGUUUUGAUAGACUCCUGUCCUCACAGGGUGCUGCUGCAGCUGCCUACAGGGGCAGCCAGGAUCCCACGGGAGCCACAUCAGCCCAGGCGUCAUCCGCCAGGCACCUGCAGUCCCACCAGUUCAACCUGCUGUCAUCACAGCUCCAGGACCAGUCCUCCCAGCUAUAUAAUGCAUCUGUCUUUUCUUCGGCCCAGCCCCAGGCUCAGUCCCAGUCGCAGUCCAAUUCGGCUCAGGAACGGGCCGUGCCCCGCCAGGACAGUGUUAUCAAACAUUACCAGCGGCCCACUCCAUCUCAGUCACAGCUCUCGUCCUCUGCUGCCCACUCCCUUCAGCACUAUCUCAGCUGUGGAGGGGCGGGGUACCAGCAGAUAGCCACCCACCACAGACAUGCUGGCCUUUCUUGCAGCCCACUGGGUGACCAGAGCCCAUCAUCUGACCUCAAAGCCCCCGCUCGCACUGAACAAUAUCGGCCAAUCAUCCAGCCUCCCUAUUCGUCAUCCUCCUCUUCCUCGUCCUCGUCCUCAGCUGGAAAAGGUACGAAAAGCAGCUCCAGCAGUGGCUAUUCUUCCGCCAGUUCAGCUUCAUCCUCAAGAACUCCUCACACACCCCCCUCUGCUUCCUCUACAUCCUCUUCCUCCUCCUCUUCUUCUGCUACUUCUGGUGCUCAUCCUUCCAACUCCAUUCCCACAUCCAGCUCCAGCGCAGCCCCUUCUAGGCAGCAGCCACCCCCUCAGCCAGCUCCUCCUCCCCCAGCCCCUCAGCAGCAGCCUCCUUCCUCCUCCUCCUCAGCACCCAAAUCCUGCCUCUCAGGCUACGGUUCUCCUGUACCGCCAGUGAAAGCCCCCUCCGCUGCUCUUACUGGUCAGACCCCACCCCAACAACAAACACAGUCAUAUUCCCCUAAUCAGCCCCCUACUUCCCACCUGUCUCAGUCCUAUGGAGGCUUCAGUUCACCACAAGCCCAAGACCUGAGCUCAGGUACUGCUGGGAAAGGAUACGGGAGUUUAGGUGGGCGAAGCCAGUCGUACUCCACUGAUAUAUAUGGUGCCGACUCUGCUUAUGGAUCACUUCCAUCUUCACUGGGUGGAGCUGGAAGCCCGUCACUAGGCUACGGAGCCCCAGGUCACUCCCCUGCUCUUUUAAGAUCAAGUGGCUCAUCAGGUAGUGGAGCAUCAGGGGGAGGAAGCAGCACUGGCACAGGGAGUGGGAACUCUGGCUCAGGAGGAGGAGCAGGAAACAGUAUGACCAAUGAGAGAGGUGGAGGAGGUAGUGGUGGAGGGUCCUAUCAUAUUCAAGACUCUAGCCCCUCCCCAUCAGGCAACUCUGGCAUCAUCCGUCCAGGGUUGCACUCCCCAGUGCCCACCUGCCCCACACAAUCUCCAGGAGGUGCAGGCUCUAAUAAAUACAUUUCCUCAGUUCUCUCCCCCACCUUCCUGGCCUCCCCACAAGGCUACCCUGACACCAGAGGCCCAAACUCCCAACCUCAGUCCUAUCAUUCCUCCUCUUCUAAAACAAAGGCAGACACUUCUAUGCUCGGGGUGGGCUCACAGAGAUCCCAAGAGGAAGUAGAUGAUGACGAUGAGUUCUUGAUACAGCACUUGCUGCAAGCCCAAGCAAGUCCCACUCCCCAGGCUGCUCAUCACCAUCCUCAACAACCACCCCAACAGGCAUCCCAACAAACUCAGUCUCAGCCCCAGCCAGUGCCCCCAACUACUGAUUCAGGCAAAGGGCUAAGCUAUGACAUGGGUAAGACCUCUGAGGAGAGGUACCACCCCCAGAGUGUCAUACGUACCCACAGUGCUACGUCCACGGCCGGAGUAGGAAAUGCGGGGUCCGGGGGGGCAAUAUCAGGGCUGGACAGCCAGCUGGAGAUGUCACUGAAGAAACAACAGCAGCAACAUCAACAACAUCACCAUCAACAGCAGCAGCAGAGGAACGAGAGGUCUGUUGGAAGCAGCAGGAGCACUGGAGGAAGGGGCAGCGCUGAACAAGUGCACUCCCAUCUCCAUCACCAUGACAACCUAGGCUCUGUAGUCCACUAUGGGCGGGGUGACCCAUACUCCCAACACCCCCUUGCCCCCCAACACUCCUCACAUCACUCACAGAUGCCGUCCCACCCCCAAAUGGAGCUCCAAAAGAAGUCACAGGAGCGAGCUGACAUCCCCUAUCCUCGGAAAACACCGGAAGUCCAGCAGCAGCAUUCCCAGUCUCAAGCUGCAGCCUCCCUCAUGGACUCUCCCACCGAUCAGUCCCGUCAGCCGCCACACCUGCUCCAGUCGGUGCUGUCCCACACCACCCGCAACAAACUGGAGCCUCAUCAACAGCACCACAAAAUGGACUCUCACCGGCAGCACCCGCAGCAUCACAAAAUGGACUCCCACCAAUCACAUCCGCAACACCCAAAAAUGGACUCCCUCCCUCCACAUCAGCAGCAUCAGAAGAUGGACUCCCAUCAGCAUCAGCAGCACCACAAAAUUGAUUCUCACUCACAACAUCAACAGCACCAUAAAAUGGACUCUCAUGCCCAACAGCAGCACUCUAUUAGCCAACAGCAAGCUGUAAUGGAAAGCGCUGGUGGGAGACUUGGCGCAAGUAAACAUCAAGCUCAGUCUCAGUCUCAAACCACCCAGCUCCAGCUCCAACUCCAGUCCCAGGCUUUGGAAGUGGCUGCGGCUCACUACAACCACGGGCCCCCUCCUCAUCAGCACGAGCAGAGUCAGGUGAAACAAAGCACAGUGGUCUCUUCCUUGGACAUGCUGGAGCGCUCCCUCUCUCAGACGUCCAGCGCAGACGUAGCUGAAGACAGACGCGGUGGACCAGGCAGCGGCGGGAGGAGCGGAGGAAGCAGUGAGCGACACAGACAGCAGGAGCAGCACCCGUCCCACCACCACUCGCAGCAACACUCAGCCUCAGAACUCCACUCCUUCCUCUCCGAGCCUGACAUGAGCUUAUCUGCCCCAUCCCACAUGCACCACCUCUCACAGCACCACCCUCAGCAUCAACAAACCCACUCGCAUCACCCUCACUCGCAACCUCCACUCCCACACUCCCAGCCUCAGUCUGACCCACAGCAGCCGCUCUCAUCCCAGCUCACCCCUCAGCAGAGCCAGCUGGACCAGCAGCGCUCGGAGCAACACCAGUUUGACACAGUCAGCCCGGGGGAGAAAGCAGACCAGAAUCAACAAAGUAACCGCUUUGUGCCCCUAACUUCUAUCUGCUUCCCAGAUUCUCUCCUUCAGGACGAGGACCGCUCCUUUUUUCCAGGAAUGGAAGACAUGUUUUGCACAGAGGACUACAAGUCAAGCUGUGCAGGGGGUGGAGGUCCAGGGCAGGGAGAGAUGAAUGACAGCCACCCUGGUCAAGAGGGAAUGGAUUCCAUGAAAGCUGGACAGAGUGCGGGUGGAGCAGGGGGCGGUGCUGGAGCGGGCUAUGACAUAAUGGGUCACCAUGGUGGAGAUCAGGGUUAUGAAUCGUACUGUCAUGGCCUGGAAGAGCCCAGCAACAACACCAUGACUCUGGAUCUAGACUCCCUUAAAACCCAUGAGCUCCCCUCCACUGUCAACACUGAGCAGCUUGGACUGAUACAGUCCCAGGGCCCAGCUAUGGGUAUGGGCCCCAAUAAUGCUGGUCCCAACAAUGUUGGAGCCAAAAUGUCUGGUGGGCCUGGAGGAAGUAAUGCAGGAAGUGGUUCUGGAGGCCUCCAGUCUCCCAUUUUCUGCUCAUCUCGUCCCAAGAAACUGCUCAAGUCCAGCUCUUUCCACCUGUUAAAGGAGCGCAGGGACCCCAACACACUGCCUAAGAAAAGUUACGCUCAAGAGUAUGAGUUUGAAGAUGAUGAGGAUAAAGCUGACCAGCCAGCUGACAUCCGCUUAAACAGCCGGAGACUCCCGGACCUGUUACCAGACCUGGUGUCCAGUUGCAGAAAGGGAGGAGGAAGUGGCUCUCUCAGCCCUUUAAUGGGCGACAUUGACUUCUAUCACUCCUCUGGAUACACAUCUAUGGGUUCACACUCUCUUAUGCCUCAGGAAGGACCCAAGAAGAGAGGCCGGAAGCCCACUAGACCCAAGAGAGAGGGUCCCCCUAGGCCAAGAGGCAGGCCUCGCAUCCGCCCGAUGCCUGAACCGUUCACCCCGAGAGGGAUGAUGGGUGAGAUGGGUGGUACAACAGUGGGAGGAGGAUUCAGCGUGGAGGGACGAGGCAGAGGCAGGGGUCGUGGAAGCAGAGGUAGAGGAGGAAGGAGGGAAGACAUGUACAUGGAAAUGAGUGGGAAGGAGCAGGAUCAGAUGCAGCACCAUCACCUACAGCAGCAGCAGCAGCUCCAUCACCAGCCCCAACAGCAGCAACACGAACCUAUUCCUCCUCUGAAGAUUAAAUUACCAAUCGGAACCCUGUCCUCCUCCGAUGCCUUGCUGAGGACAGACUCUUUGUCUGGCACGGAUCCCGCUCUGUCUGACGGCUCUGUCGGCUCAGCUCCCUCACUUGGCCUAAGUCCUGGACCCCCCUGCAGCACAGAAAGCAACAGAAGUCAGGACAAGAACAAACAGAAAAGCCAGAUGAUGGGUGAAGGAGUGGAUGAUGAGGGGAUGGAGGAAAGGGUAACGGCUACAGGAUUGUAUCCUAGCUUUGGGGAUGAUAAGGACUCUGAGUCCAAGGCUGGCUUUGUUGCUUCAUUCUUGGACUUCCUCAAGACGGGGAAGAGACCUCCAGGCUUGGACAUCUCACCAGGAAUGGAGCAUGACAAUGGUGAAACCUCACCAUGUAAACCAGGGGGUCUGCGCCCAAUGUCUCCUGCACCUCCUCCUCCACCCCCGCCACCUCCAUUUGGGGACGGCGAAGGGAAUGGUGGUCUGACUCUGGGCAACUGCCCCAGCCCCAAGCGCUUGGAAGAUGAGCUAAAGCGGAACCUGGAGACCCUGCCCUCAUUCUCUUCUGAUGAGGAAGACUCGGUGGGAAAGAACCAGGACCUCCAGAAGAGCAUUUCCUCGGCCAUUUCUGCUCUGUACGACACUCCUCAGCUCAACUCGAACAUCCAGCCCCCACUCUCUCCUCCUCUGCCUCCCCAGCCUCAGGCUCAACCCAGCCAGGGCCCUCUCACUCCCACACUGCCGCCCCCCACGCUCAGCCCGCAGCCCACCAUGCAUACUCCCCACAACCAGCCCCACUCUGAUGAACCUGAUGAUCUCCAGCUAGAAGAUGGAGACAUGGAGGAGGAGAACAAGGAGGAGGAGAUUGAGGAGGAAAGAAGCAUAGGAGGGGACGAAGAGAAUGAUAUGACAGAGGAGAUCGAACCACAGCUGGAAACACUGGGUGCACCCAAGCUUGAUGUGCCGCUGCCCGAGCUCCCUCCAGAGCCAGCGACUCCCGAACCUCCCUCUGUCCCCCCAUCUCCCUCCUCAUCCUCCUCUCCGUCUCACUCCCCCCUCCCUCCCCUCUCACUCCCCUCACCCCUGCCUCCAGCAGAAGAACAAGAGGAGCCCUCCCAGCCUCCGAGCCCCAUCGCUCCUACAUCCCCAUCCCCAUCUCCAUCGCCUCCCGCACUCACUCCUCUCCCUCAGCCUGCCACUCCUCCUCCUGCGACAUCACCUUCGCCUCCUUCCCCUCCUCCUCCUCCUUCCCCUCCUACUUCCGAGCCUCCUACUCAGAAGGAGUCUCCCAUGCCGUCUCCGGAGUCCCCCGCUUCUCCCGAAGAGCCCCCACCUCCCAAAAUCACCUCGCUGCAUCUUGCUCAGAAGCAAGAAGAUGCUGCCAUUGUUGGAGAGAGUGAGGAGGAUGAGAGCGAAAGCGGAGGGGAGGGCAUCUUCAGAGAAAGGGACGAGUUUGUGGUGCGAGUGGAAGACAUCCGGACUCUCAAGCUGGCUCUGCAGACAGGCCGUGAGCCUCCACCCAUCUGGAGGGUGCAGAAAGCCCUGCUGCAGAAGUUCAGUCCAGAGAUUAAAGAUGGGCAGAGGCAGUUCUGCGCCACAAGCAACUAUCUUGGCUACUUCGGAGAUGCCAAGAGGCGAUACCAGCGAAUCUAUGUCAAGUUUUUGGAGAAUGUCAAUAAGAAGGACUACGUCAGAGUCUGCUCUCGGAGACCUUGGCGGAGAGCCACACCUGCUCUCAGACGCCAGUCCCUCCCGAGGAUGGCCUCCCCUCCCGCGUCCCAGGCCCCACCAAAGGUAGCGGAGAAAGAGGAGAGAGUGGCUCCACCAGUCCAACGCGAACAGAGAGAGAAAACGAGAACAGCGACCACAACAACGGCGAAAGAACAACGGGAGAAGAAGGAGGCUCCAUCUGCCGUGCCUAAAGCCAAGGAGAGAGAGAGAGAGAAAGAGAGGGAGAAAGAAAAAGAGAAGGAGCAUGAGAAGGAGCGUGAGAGAGAGAAGGAGAAGCGAGUGCAGCCGCAGCAGGACAAAGUAGAGAAACGUGCUGCAGCAGCAGAACGAGGUCGAGCGAAGGAGGAGAAGAAAGCGGUGGAGAGGAAAGAGAAGGAAAAGGCUGAGCGCCUGCUCAAGUCCAAGCCAGCCAAAGUGAAGGCCGAGCCACCACCCAAAAAGAGGAAGAAGUGGCUGAAGGAAGUACCUUCAUCAUCAGACUCGGACUCAUCAGAGGAGGCAGCUAGUGAGAAUGAAAUGCCAGUGAAAGGCGGAGUGAACAACCGUGCCAUGAGGGAGAUGUUCAGGAGCUACGUGGAGAUGCUGGUCAGCACGGCCCUGGACCCCGACAUGAUCCAAGCUCUGGAAGACACAGAUGACGAGCUGUACCUCCCACCGAUGAGGAAGAUUGACAGCAUCCUCAGCGAACAGAAAAGGAGGCUGCUGAGGAGAGUCAGCAUGAACUCUCAGCACCAGGAAGUCGUGCAUGCUUACCCCCAGAUCAUUGUAGACCCCCUGGACUCAGGAGUGGUGAGGGUGCGGCUGAGCGGGGACGCUUACAACCGCAAGACCCUCAACAGAGUCAAGAAGACCCUGCCUAAACCACAGGACCUUAAACUGUCAUCCGAGUCGUAUCGGAUCUACAGUCUCUACCACUCCCUUCAUCACUAUAAAUACCACACCUUCUUACAGUGCAAGAAAGAGACCAACACCAUUGAGCAGGCGGCUGAGGACCCGGGCCAAGAGGAAGUGGUGCAGCAGUGCAUGGCCAACCAGAGCUGGCUGGACACCCUCUUCGGCUCCUUCAUCGAGCUGCUCACGCUCAGCACCAAAGCCUGAGCCAACUGCAGCAAGACGCAGAGAAUUCAUUAAAGCGAACGGAUUAAAAAAAAAAUUGAGAAGAAAAUCCAAACACGGAAAGAGAUGGAUCCUACUGUACAGCCCCCCCCCCCACCCUCUUCAAAUCUCUAAUAUCUGAGGAUGAAUUUUUAAGGCCCUUGACGAACAAAAGCGGGUCUGUUCAUGUGACCUCAGACACUGGCCUCUUUUCUUUUUCUUGUUGUUGAUAAAUGACUUUAAGAAAUAUCUUACUUUGUGAGAAGGGGGACCCCGCCAGACACGGGGCCGCUGGUGGGUCAAGAGGGAAUUGACGGUUGUUGAAAUGGGAGCGACGCGAGGUGGACAAAGGACUAAAAGUGGAGGAGCCGCAAAUGCCAAGUCAACGGAGGAGCCACUGACAUCUUGUUAACUGUGUGUCAUAAAGACAAUAGUUCAAAGAGAAACUAUUACCGCUUAGUUUUUACAUAAAUUAUUUUUUUGAAAAGACUAACAUUCGCUGUUGGCUUUUGAAAAGAGUGGAAGAGGGUGAGAAUGCUUUUUAACCUGCGUGUCGAGCGUGCCGUGAGCAAACGUGAACAUGGACUCGUCUACGGAUAGAAACAUGAAAUGUGUUAACGAACGCUCUCCCUCUCAUCCCGUGUUAUGUCACGGGCAGCACCAGUCCGCUGUGUGAUAAUAUAUAAACACAUUUUUAUUAUUUAUAUGAGGAGGUUUUUAACUUAAACUCUCACAAGCGCUGGGUUUGCUGCCCGGACAUUUUAAAUACCUUUUUUUUUUAUUUUCCACAGGUUCAGUGUACAAUCGGCAACCCACAUAUCCAAGUCGUCUUCCCCUCUAUACAAAAAGAACAGACGUUGAGACAGAAAUAUUGUAUAAAAUACAGUGGGUGUAAAAUAACAAAAACAAAGGAAGAAAAGAAGAAAAAAAAAGAAGGGAAUGGGAAAUUCUAUUUGAAACGUAACAUUGUCGUUCUUCAGUUCAAUCAUCAGUCAUGCAGGUGCAAAGAAAAAGAAGUAAACUAUCCAUUUCCCAUGUGGGAAGAAGGAGUAUAAAUAAGUAAUAUUUAAAGAGGAAAUAGUCAUUUCAUUUUUAUCAUUUUGAUGUUUGUGCAUACUAUGACUUAUUUUGAAAACAAUCUAAUUUUCCAUAAAAAAAGGAAAAAAAAGGCGUGUAAAUAUUGUACAGUUCUUGAUGAAAUUCUUUGUCCUUCUGUACAUUAACUCUCCUGUAUUUGAGAAACAAAUAAAAUCUGCAAAGAACAAA